AUGAAGGACAAAACACACUUGUUCAAAUGGACUGAUAAGUCGGUUGUUGAAGAAAUUGAUGAUUUCCAGGAUGUAUUUGACGUUCUGCUCGCUUACAAUUGCAUGUUUCAGAGUUCACUUACAACUUGUGAAUCAUUGCUGAAACGCCAUGUGAGUAAAAUUGAAGAGCUUGAAGAUGCAAUUGCAAGUUGUCAAGAGAAGAACAUGGACUUCAUUAGGCAAUUAAGUGUCAUAAAAUCUAUGUUUGUGUGCUGUUUCGUGAUGGUUUUUAUGUACCUCAUCUAUGCAUGA